AUGCUCGCUUCGCGACUCUCCCGAGCUCUUCCUCGAGCUACCCCCAUCACUGCCCGCGCUGCCGGCAUAGCCAGGGCACCUCUCGCCGCGAGGUUCGCCCGCUAUGAGUCCAACGAUGCGAAGGUGCAAGGUCCAGUCAUCGGUAUUGACCUUGGUACGACAAACUCUGCCGUCGCCUUCAUGGAAGGUUCCAUCCCCAAGAUUAUUGCCAACUCCGAAGGUGCCCGAACUACUCCUUCCGUAGUUGCCUUCACCGAGGAGGGCGAGCGUCUUGUUGGUGGCGCCGCCAAGCGUCAGGCCGUCGUUAACCCAGAGAACACCCUCUUCGCCACCAAGAGGUUAAUCGGCAGGAAGUUCACCGAUGCUGAGGUCCAGCGUGAUCUCAAGGAGGUGCCCUACAAGAUUGUUCAGCACAGCAACGGCGAUGCCUGGGUUGAGGCCCGCGGCAAGAAGUACUCUCCCUCUCAGAUUGGUGGCUUCAUCCUCCAGAACAUGAAGGAGACCGCUGAUGCCUACCUCACCCGCGACGUCAAGAACGCUGUCGUCACCGUCCCUGCCUACUUCAACGAUUCUCAGCGUCAGGCCACCAAGGAUGCUGGUCAGAUUGCUGGUCUGAACGUCCUCCGUGUCGUCAACGAGCCUACCGCUGCCGCCCUUGCCUACGGUCUUGAGAAGGAUGCCGACCGCGUCGUCGCUGUCUACGAUCUUGGUGGUGGUACCUUCGAUAUCUCCAUCCUCGAGAUCCAGAACGGCGUCUUCGAGGUCAAGUCCACCAACGGUGAUACCCACCUUGGUGGUGAGGACUUCGAUAUCCACCUCGUCCGUCACCUCGUCCAGCAGUUCAAGAAGGAGUCUGGCAUUGAUCUGUCCAACGAUCGCAUGGCCAUCCAGCGUAUCCGUGAAGCAGCUGAGCGUGCCAAGAUUGCCCUCUCCUCCUCUUCCCAGACCGAUAUCAACCUUCCCUUCCUUACCGCCGAUGCCUCUGGACCUAAGCACUUCAGCACCAAGUUCACUCGCGCUCAGCUUGAGAAGCUCGUUGACCCCUUGAUCAACAAGACCAUCGAGCCCGUCCGCAAGGCCCUCAAGGAUGCCGGCCUCCAAGCCAAGGACAUCCAGGAGGUCAUCCUUGUUGGUGGUAUGACCCGUAUGCCCAAGGUCUCUGAGACUGUCAAGUCUAUCUUCGGCCGUGACCCCGCCAAGUCUGUCAACCCUGAUGAGGCUGUUGCCAUGGGUGCCGCCGUCCAGGGUGCCGUCCUUUCCGGCCAAGUCAACGAUCUUCUCCUCCUUGAUGUCACUCCCCUUUCUCUUGGUAUCGAGACCCUCGGUGGUGUCUUCACCCGUCUCAUCAACCGCAACACCACCAUCCCCACCAAGAAGUCCCAGGUCUUCUCCACUGCCGCCGACUUCCAGACCGCCGUCGAGAUCAAGGUCUUCCAGGGUGAGCGUGAGCUCGUCAAGGACAACAAGAUGCUCGGAAACUUCCAGCUCGUUGGCAUUCCUCCCGCGCACCGUGGUGUUCCUCAGAUCGAGGUCACCUUCGACAUUGACGCCGACUCCAUUGUCCACGUCCACGCCAAGGAUAAGUCCACCAACAAGGACCAGUCCAUCACCAUUGCUUCCGGCUCUGGUCUCUCCGACUCUGAGAUUGAGCGCAUGGUUGAGGAGUCCGAGAAGUUCGCUGAGCAGGACAAGGAGCGCAAGGCCGCCAUUGAGGCUGCCAACAAGGCCGACAGCGUUCUCAACGAUACCGAGAAGGCCCUCAACGAGUACGCUGACAAGCUUGACAAGGCCGAGGCUGACACCAUCCGUGAGAAGAUCGCCGGCCUCCGUGAAUUCGUCUCCAAGAGCCAGGCUGGUGAAGGCACCGCCACCGCCGCCGAGCUCAAGGAGAAGACCGACGAGCUCCAGGUUGCCAGCUUGAACCUCUUCGACAAGAUGCACAAGGCCAGGGCUGAGGGCCAGCAGCAGAGCUCCGAGCAGUCCUCCACCGAGGGUGAGAACAAGUCCUCUUAA